CACUGCAGUGAAAGCCUCGGUAAAGGAGAGAGAGAGACGGAGAAGAGGGACCGAAGCUGGGUAUAAAGCCAGGACGAGACCUCAGAGAGUACCACAACUAUAUAGCCUGUGUAUUUUUUGUAUUCCUCGCUACAGAUCGGCGACAUACCGACUCCCCCCCUCCCCCUGUUUUACCUCUUUUCCGCUCAGAUCGCCUGGAUUUCAUCAUCCGACCUGCAAGAUGGGAAAUGAAGCCAGUUUCCCCCUGGAGAUGUGCUCGCAUUUCGAUGCUGAUGAGAUUAAGAGGCUAGGGAAGAGGUUUAAGAAACUCGACCUAGAUAACUCCGGCUCACUCAGCGUGGAGGAGUUCAUGUCGCUGCCAGAGCUGCAACAGAACCCGCUGGUGCAGAGGGUUAUCGACAUAUUCGACACAGAUGGAAACGGAGAGGUGGACUUUAAAGAGUUCAUCGAGGGAGUCUCACAGUUCAGCGUCAAGGGGGACAAAGAACAGAAGCUUCGAUUCGCUUUCAGGAUCUACGACAUGGACAAGGACGGCUACAUCUCCAACGGCGAGCUCUUCCAGGUGCUGAAGAUGAUGGUCGGCAACAACCUGAAGGACACGCAGCUUCAACAGAUCGUGGACAAAACCAUUAUCAAUGCAGACAAGGACGGAGAUGGCAGGAUAUCCUUCGAAGAGUUCUGUGCAGUGGUCGGGGGUCUCGAUAUACACAAAAAGAUGGUUGUGGAUGUGUGAGCGCGCCUCUGCUUGCUGACUUCCCCCUCCCCCCUUCCUCCUCAACACUCGCUUUCUCCACCAUCUCUGAAGAUCUGCUCAAGACGUCUGGCAAAGCGCUCUCUGUGUAACUCAAUGGAAGUAUUCUCUCUCUCUCUUCUCUUCUUCUACUCUCUCUGUGAAGCCACUUUUUCUUUCAGAAACCACAGGCCUCGUGAAGCCAACUAUGAAGUGUUAUUGAACUGUAAAUCCUCUCAAUAACCCGGUCGUAGCACUUUAAGAGACUGAAAGACAUCUUAUUUGUCAUUUGCAAAGAGCAACUCCGAUUCUGGAUGAGGGGGGAGAAAGUGAGGAAAGGGGGCGCAGAGAAGAGGCUGGUUGGCUUGUUCAUAUUUCAUCCUUUUUCUUUUUUUUGUUAAUUGUUUUUUUUAUAUUUAUUUUUUGUUCUUGUCUUUUAUAAAGAAGAAAAAAUACAAGUAUAUCAAUGGUUGUCUCGUGAGGGGAAGUGUAUAGCAUUUUAACACUUGACUUCCAGUACAACUAGAAAGUAGGGUAUGAAGUGCCAACCAGAACAUAUCCAGAAACCAGUCCAAGUUAUUACCUAUCAUCACCGCUGUCCUUCAUACCGGACAGACUGGCUCACUUCCAACUGCACCACCUCAAGUCAAAACUAAAUUUUAGAUGUGGUCGUUUUAGCUUGCAUACAGGCAGUUUGGAUUAGACCAGUAAAGGUUCCAGACACAGCAAAGCAACUGUUUUUUUCUUUAUUAUUUGUGAUAAGACUGAUAGUUUAAUUCAUACAUAAGAAUGUGUUUAUAUUGUUGGAGAUUAUUUCCUGUCAUGAAACCAUAGGUAGAUUAAUCAAUGCCAAGAAAAUGUCUUUCCAAAUGUAAUCUAUGGCUGCAAACUGCUACAUGCUUUAACCUCAAUGAAGCAUUUUGUGUUUACCAGUGUGCAUCCAUAAGACAAUCUCCAAAGCAAAGAAUAGCUGUGCACUCACACUGACAAAUAAACUGUAGUGGAGUUGUUAGAUUUUUAUUAAGAACAGAGAGGCUGGAUGGUAGAAAGGAGAGGGAUAGUGGAGAGAUUGUACACUGUUUGUGCGAGUACAUCGCCGUUUAAGAGACUUAUCUGCAGGCAGCAUUUUUUUAACAGAUAUGUGUAUAUUAGGUAAUCAAAGUGCGCUCAUCUGUACGAGCAAGAGGAGAAGCUUUGCCUCUGCUUUACACGACGAGCCCGGCUACCUUUCUCAGUACAGCGCAGGACGGUUUAGUUCUUAACACUUAACCACGUUGGCAUGAUCAGUGUGCAAUGGGAUAGACUGUAUAUUAUAGGUUCUCUUUUUUGGAAAGUGUACAUUUCAAAAGUUGGCUUCCUCUACCACUUCUUUUUUCUGUCAGUCACCUCAUUUUCUCCCCUCCCACCCACCGAUACGAACAGGGAGGAACAAACAACCAAAUUUUAAUAUCCAAGAGGAAAAAUGCUUCCUACUAUAACCGGCGUCGGGGAUAGCUUUUAUUUUGCUUUGGAGGCCGACUGCAGGUUUGAACAGGAGCUUUCAGUCCGAGAUGUGACAUCAGGAGCGCUCUGUGGUCCCUUACCCCAAAGCUCUGCACGGCUUGGGCCUCCCUGUGCUUGCAUGACAUGGAAAAUAUAUUUUUUGUUGUGCAUGUAGAUCCAUUUUUUUGAAAUAAUCCUCUUGUUUACACAUGGAUGGUGAUAUUAAUAUAUUUAAGAAUUUAACGGUAUACAAUAUGGAUGUUGCCAAACUUUGGUAAAUGUACACAUUAUGAGAGGUAAUCCAAAUGAACUGAACUACGUGUAACUUUUUGUAUUUUACCCGGGUCAGCCAGAUGCUUCUAUUCCAGUAAAGUCGCAUAUCUGAUCCUGUCUCAAACUGCCACACACUGUACUCAGCUUAAAGGGGAAAUUUUGAUGUUUUUUUUCUCUUUCUUUUGUAUAUAAGUAUUUGUUAAAUGCAGUUCUGGCUCUCUGUAUAGUUCAGACCGCGCUUUAGUUUGUAAGUGCUAUUUUUCUCAGAGGGACUUGGGUUCUUUUUAGUUUGUGUGGGGAUAUAUGGAAAGAUUUAAGUUUGAGAACCUUUUUUUUCCUUUUUCUGCAUGCUGCAUCUUAUGCUGUGGGACUGUUGGAAACUUGAUACUGUAUGAAAAUUAAAUAAAAUUUAAAUAAACUUUGAAAUGUUGAAAGUA